CGAUUCUCAAUUCAGUGCACAUUUUAAGAACAAGACCUUUUAAGUAAUCAAGCUAAUCCCUCUUUUCUAAAUUGCUAUAGCCAUUAGCAAUGGCUCUCUUUAAGCUUUUAGUUACAUCUCUUCUGGUAACUUUUGUCACUCUCCAUCUUGUUCAUGCUUUGGACCACCCGGAACCGCAGGUACACGCAGAAACUCAGGUUUCUCUUCAGCAGCAGAUAGAUUGCAAUGGAGCAUGUGCUGCUAGGUGCCGUUUAUCAUCACGGCCGCACCUCUGCCACAGGGCAUGUGGAACUUGCUGCAGUCGGUGCAACUGCGUGCCGCCGGGAACUUCCGGUAACCAAGAAAUGUGUCCCUGCUAUGCCAACCAAACCACCCAUGGAGGCAGACGCAAGUGCCCUUGAAUUGAGUUGAAUUCAUCACUUCCUUAAUCACCAUGGAAAAUGCAACUUAUUUAUCUACAAUAUAAUUUGCAAUCGCAUAUAUAAUGCGUUACGUACAAUAACAAGUCUAUGUGUUUGGAGCAAAGACUAGCUUCGUGGAAAACAAACUCUGUUUUCAAUACGUUGAAUUGUUUGCAGUGUGUUUAUGAAUAUAUUUUGAAAUAAUGUUUUUUUAUUUCCAGUGUGUACUAUGUAUUGUGACAGUGAUCCAAUUCGUCGAUUAAGUUGUAUGACCAUCGAGAAACUUGGUUACUGAUUUUGUUUAUUCCACUACAUUUCUUUUUAUUAAAAA